CAGGAUCCAAAGCGCGAAAUAGAGAAGGUGCUCCAGUUUCUGGAAAAGGACCUGAAGGAGGAAGUGGUGAAUAAAAUCCUCCAGCAUACCUCCUUCCAGGAGAUGAAGAAGAAUCCUACUGCUAACUAUGAAAUGAUGCCAACCUGGGCUAUGGACCACAGUGUGUCUCCAUUCAUGAGGAAAGGGAUGUCAGGAGACUGGAAGAAUUACUUCACCGUGGCUCAGAAUGAGAUAUUUGAUGCACAUUAUAAAGAGCAGAUGAAAGGCUCGACAUUCAGAUGCCAAAUGGAGAUAUGAAGAAAAGGCUUCCCUAUGUUUCAUCAGACAAAUGCUAGCUGUCUAAAUACUAAAAUAGGUGAACUGCCUGGCCUUAAAUGAGGAUAUUGAUAUAAUAGGCAUCAUGGAAACUUGGUGUAAUGAGGAUAAUCAGUGGACUUGCAAUAAUACGAGGGUACAAAAUAUAUAGGAAUGACAGAGCUGGUGGGGGAGUGGCACUAUAUGUGAAAGACAGCAUAGUCAAGUAAAGUAAAAAUCUAAAAUGAAUUAAACUGAACCAUAGAAUCGCUAUGGAUAGAAAUUUCAUUUUGAAUAAUCAGAGUAUAGCAGUAGGAAUAUGCUACCGACCACCUGACCAGGAAAGUGAUGGUGACUUUGAAGGAGUUUAGAGAGGCUAUGAAGACAGAAAACCCAAUAAUAAUGGGGGAUUUCAACUGUCCUCAUAUUGACUGGGUACAUGUCAUCUCAAAAAGGGAUGCAGAGGUAAAAUUUCUAGACACAUUAAAUGACUGCGUCUUGGUUCAGCUUGUCCUGGAACUCUCAAGGGGAGAGGUAAUUCUUCAUUUUAAUCCUAAGUGGAGCACAGAAUAUGGCCAAGAGGUAAAUAUAGCUGAACAUCUCAGUAAUAGCGACAAUGAUGUAAUUAAAUUUAACAUUCUUGGAGGGGGAGAAAUGCCAAAGAAACCCACCACAAUAGCAUUUAACUUCAA